AUGGCAAUGCCAAUCGUGAGCGCCGCGGCGGGGGUGAUGAACCCCCUCAUCAGCAAGCUCACCACGCUCAUGGGAGAUGAGUACAAGAAGCUCAAAGGAGUGAGGAAGGAGGUGGCUUUUCUAAAGGACGAGCUCAGCGCCAUGAACGCUGCCCUUGAGAAGCUAGAGUACAUGGAGAAGCUGGAGCCAGAUACCAAGAACUGGAGGGACCAUGUCAGGGAGAUGUCGUAUGACAUGGAGAAUUGCAUCGAUGACUUCAUGCAGGAUAUUGGAGGUGCCGAUGCCAACGCCGGUGCAGGUUUCGUGAAAAGGAUGUCUCGGCGCCUAAAGACGCUGAGGGUGCGUCACCGGAUUGCCGGCCGGAUCGAGGAGCUCAAGGCUCUCGCAGAACAGGCGAAUGAACGGCGAUUAAGGUACAAGAUUGACGAUUGCAAUACUAGUUGUGGCUCUGUGGAUAUUGAUCCGCGGAUUUCAGUGAUCUACAAAGACACUGCUGGACUUGUGGGUACUGAUGGCCCAAAGAAGGAGGUUGCCAGUUUGUUAACAGUCACCGAGAAGAAGCUCAAGGUGGUGUCCAUCGUGGGAUUCGGAGGACUGGGUAAAACUACCCUUGCUAAUCAGGUGUAUGAUGAUCUCGAAGGGCAAUUUGAUUGUAAGGCAUUUAUUCCUGUCUCUCAAAAACCAGACAUGCCACGGCUUCUCAAUAGCCUAAGAUUAAAGCUUGGGAUAAAUGAGUCCUCUGGUAUUUGUGAGGUGCAAGACAUCAUCGUCAACUUAGAGAAUACCUUGCAAAAAAGAGGUAUUUUAUUAUAG